CUAGGUUCGGAAAUGCAUCUAAAAUUUUUAUGAACCACUGGUUCGGUACAGACAUUCACAUGCAUGAUGAUGAUGUAUAGCUCUUAAUUAUUUUUCCAUGCAGUUACAUAUCGGACUGUUGGUAAUUAGUUCAUCACUUCAUUCCAAACUUUUCUAGUUUGGAGAAUGGAAAGAGCCCGAUCCUCCAACUACGGGAGGUCAGACUCCAUCAUACUAACCAUGACCAUACAUGUAUCAUACAUAUCAACUUCUAGUGUUUUGGAAAUGUAAUUGAUGAUGAGUCUGCAUUUGGCAAUGGGGAGUAGCUUGUUCCUCUUUAGGCAUCAAGUGUCCAAGUCUGGCCGAGACAUAAUGACCGUGAUCAGCUUGGCUUGACUACUCUGUUUAAGCUGCUCUCUCGAGAAAAUGAGGAGGCUCUUCUGGGACUCUCUCAACAUGUCACGGUAUCAUUAUCCCCUCAUAUCAUCGGAUCAUCCAUAUGUGGUUAGAUUUAGGCCGUGAAACAUCACAGAUUAUUUGAAAAAGUAGAGUGCUACCUAUCCCAUGUUUGGUACUCCAAAGGAACCAUGUUGGAUUUUGUUUGCAAUGACAGUGAAACGUUCUUUCAAUUGGACAUUCAAACCGAUAUCGUUUUUUGGCUGCCAACCACUACUAUUGUGCGAGAAGAAGAAUAUCGAAAGCAAAGAAACUGACUCACCAACUUAAAAUCUUGUUUCCAACUGGAAGUCACAAUAAUCCAUCAAAUCCACUCCAAUAUCUACAACUAAUUUGCAAUACAGAGAUUGAAUUGAUGGGUUCAAAAUAGUUAAUUCUAGUAUUUCAUUGAAAGAUCCUCAAUUCAUUACUAGAGCAAAGAUCACACAAACAUAUGUUGUGGAUUCUUCACGUGGUCACACGUAACUUGAUUACGGCUCAAUCAAAUAUUAGAAUCAAACUGUAAUUGAAAAUGUCGCAUCAUUUACCGAACAUUUCAUUACUAGAGCAAAGAUCACAUAAAUAUAUGUUGUGGAUUCUUCUCAUGUGACUUCUUAACUUGAUUACUGCUCCAUCCAAUAUUAGAAUCAAACUGUAAUUGAAAAUGUUGCAUCAUUUACUGAACCUUGAGCCACCAUUCACAAAGAACAAACAGAGGUUCACCCAAUAAUGUUGCAAUUUAUUUCAUUUCCCUGACGUUUACGAGAGACCAAUUCACAUACAAGGCAACAGGACCCUGCUUUUAUACAUCAGGUUUAUACACUCGGAUACUAGACCAGCCACAGAACUCGUUAAUCUACACAUUUGCUUGUACUAAUUGCAUAUAACUAGAAAACACUAGAUACUAGUAAAACGAAAUAGAUUUUCAAUACUCAAAGAUGAAAUAUUGAUUCUAAAGCCUCAGAAAGCCAGUAAUUUAUCAUCAAAGACAUCAGUCGGUAAUUCCAACUAAAAAUACAAUCAUCAUAGGCUUCAAUCAAAACAACACCCAGAUAUUAAAAAAAAAAACAACAACAAACAAACAAACAAACACAGAAAUAAUAUCAGUAAUUGGCAAUAGAUGUAAUCGCAGUAAAUCGGCUCCGUGGACCAGAUUGUAAAUAGGAUCCACAGGUUCCUAUCAGAAAGCGAAAGAUUUCAAUCUUGGUUCAAUCAUAGCAUCGUCGGUCAAGGCACUUUGGCUACCGUCGACGUGGCAUCGAACCGUAAACUAUUUCACUCAAAAAUCAAACACAGAUUCAAAGCACAGCAAAAACACUAAACAAGAAGAAAGAAGAAGAUGACCCUCAGAGUCCCGUUCCAAAUCACACACACGGCGGCACACCGGAGCCACCCCUGUUCCCAACCGAUGAGUAACUAAUACUCACCGGUGGAUGGGUACGAGAGGUGGCUCGUUCCGUGUAGCCGCCGCUGUUUAAAGUGUCAUACGGCACUUCCUAUCAAUUUGGGUAUGCUUCCUCACUGGAUCCAAUAAACCCUAAACAAACCCAGAACCUAUAUACACCAAAACCCUUAAAAACCCAGAAACCCCAAUUUGGGAAGAGAGACGGAACAAACCAAUGGUGCGAGUGAGUUUAGGUAGCGGAGAAGAGGGUUUAUAUAGGGAAGCAUAGUCCUCCUAAACCCUAAUUGAGAAAAUGGGCCUCAUUUUGGCGGGUUGUCCAGCCCAACUUGGCGGGUCAGUUAUAUAUAAAAUGGGCUUUAAUUGGUUGACCCGGCCGGCAAAGAGUCCUCCUUUGCAAUUUCAAAGCUCUUUUUUGAUUUUGAAAAUUUCUGAAGCAUUUGGUGGGUCUCUGAAAAGCAAAAGAAGAAAGUGGGUGGAGGAAUGUCGAUGGGGAGUGAUAGUACCUGGGUGGGGAAGAAGCCUCUGAGACGAAUCGGAGGCAUGUCCGAUGCUCUCUCUAUUGCUUCGGAUCUUGGUUUCUCAGUCGCCGCUGCUCCCACUCCGGAAGAGCUUCAGAGCUGGUCGUGUAGUACUGGUGAGAAAGGUGAUGACUUGAUAAGGGUUCUGAGGGAACUCACCAGUGUGCAAAGGAAAAUAGCAGAUCUGCAAGUUGAACUUCAAGGGAGAAAAGAUGAUAAAAAUGUAUCACAUUUGACACAUGUGAGCGAAAUGGAAAAGAAGUGUGAAACUCUAUCGAGGAUUACUACGAUUCUAAAAGACGUCAUUCAGAACAAGGAUCGUAUCAUUGCUCGUCUCCAACAACCAUAUUCGCUCGAUUGUAUUCCAGUGGAAGCAGAGUAUCAGAAACAAUUCUCUGAAUUACUGAUGAAGGCUGCUAGUGAUUAUGGAGCAUUAACAGCUUCAGUUGCCGAUUUCCAGUGGAGCCAGACAUUUAAGGAGCCUCCUUCAGUAUGGGGGGAAAUGCUUCGUCCAAUUCCUGUUGCCUUAGCAUCAUGCACCAGGUUUUUCGAAGCAAUGUCUGCUAUGAGGGAGUCGUUUGCAACACUUCAACAUCUCAGAGUAGGUCAUUCUGAUACCUCUUCUCCUAUCACACCGGCCAAGGAUUCCAGAAGAGUACCAGGGGUUUCCGAUUGUGUAACUCCACCUCCCUGGAAAACCGAACCAAGCUUUGAUGACUUGGCUAUCAAAAGCUCAAGAAGGACGGAUAUCAAGCAUCAUGAAGCAGAAGAUGAAAGUGAGCUGGACGGCUCUAGCCACAGGAGAUUGUCCUGGCCUCCUUCAGUUAAAAAGGCUGCUACUUGAAAGCUGACUUUUGUUGUGAGCCAAUGUAUGUUUUGAUGUGAAAAUAGAAAUAGGUCAUGCAUUUGUAAUAUAGCGCAGCGGCCUCUGCAUACACUUGCCAUAUUGAACUUGAAAAACAUGAGUUUGUGCAGUGAUACGUGAUUCUGUAAGUUCUGAACUUGAAAAACAUUAGUUUGUGCAGUAAUACAUUUGAUUAUAUUA